AUCUAAAACAAAUAAAAGAGAAAAUGAACCGAAUGCCAAAAAUAAAUUAAAUUAUACAAGUAUAAAUCCCAUCAGGCAAUACACCAACGAAUUCGCAUUAGGACUUUAAUUCUAAGCAUAUAAUUGAGCUUUCAUAAGGAUAACAAAAAUGGCUACGACAGCAAUGAAGCAGCAGCCAGCCAAGCAACGCAAGCCAACAGAGGAGAGCAUGUCGCCCAAGAAAAUGGGUCUCAUAGCAAUUGUAACAGUAAUUGGUUGCAUUGCCAUUUUAUGGCCAAAGGUCUUCCAUCCGAUGAUGUUUGGCGGCGUGCCGCCCAAGGCGCAUAUGAAGGAUCCACAUCAACGCGGCGCCAUGCCGGGCGGUUGUUGUGAUGUCGUGCUCGACAGAGAAGAGUUUAUGAAUGCCACCAAAGCGAACGACGAGGUGUUUGGUCCACAUUUGUAUCGUAAAAAUAUCAAUUUAUAUACGGGUGAAAUCAGUCUACGCCAAGAGCGUCCUGCGCACCUGCAUCCCGAGUCCAUCUAUCAGGCAAUGCGUGAGCGAGGACGUGCCAUACCUGCCACGCCCACAGUGCCAAUUGUGGAACAGCGCAAAAGUUCACCCAGCAAUCCGCCGCCGCGCAUCGUUGACGGACGUCCUGGACCAAUACCCGGCAUGCGUCCGCCAAUGGGAGCAGGUGCUUUACAUCAGCCACAGCAACGUGGAGGCAGCAGCAUGGGCUUCCUAAUGCCACUCUAUACAAUUGGCAUUGUUGUCUUCUUUGGCUAUACCCUAAUGAAGAUUGUGUUCAAAAAGCAAGUACCAAAUGCGCCUUAUGGACCUGCACCCGGUGAUCCCAGUUUUCGUCAGGAGGUCUUUGGACAACAGAACCACAGUCAGGUCGAAGAUCUUACUGGCAGUAAAUUGGGCUGGCGUGAGCAUCAGACAAGAAGUGGAUCAAGUGCGUCCAAUGGCAGCAGACGUAAUGACAAGGAGCUCUACAAUGCCACGGUUUCGGCCACGGAGCUGGCCACAAAUCUGUCCAGCAAUCUGAAGGUGCAACAGCAACAGUGUCUGGCCAAGUCGAAGGCAAAGAGUGGUCCAAAGACACUGCUUGAGCUAGAGAAGACGCUGCCCGCUAGGGAAACGGAACAAUUGAUGGAAAUUGAAAAGUUGCGUAAGAAGCUUGAGGACACGGAGCGUGAGAUGGCCAAGUUGAUAGCCGAAAUGAACACCGAUCAGUAUGAGGCAAAGCACAACGACAACGAAAAUACGAAUUUGACAAAUGUAGAGAACCAAAACAUUUCCAAUGGGCAUACAAUUACCGAUCAGCAGCAGAACGAACCAAAGACAGCCAAAUCACAACCACAACAACAAAAACAACUACGGAAAAGACGUGAGGGCAGCUCUGAGCGUGAAAUGACGGUUCUAGGCAUGGAGUUAACAGCAAGUUGCGAGGGCGGCCACAGAUGGACUGGACGCCCUCCGACGCCUGUUUUUCGCACUCAUAGUGACCACUCCAUGCUGGAGGAUAUUCUGCCCGAGCCGCAGUCCAUUUACUUGGAAGGCGCAUUGUCUCACGAUUCUCAGAUUUUAGUAGCUGACUCGCAAACCAGACGCGAAGAAGUCUACGAUGCUGAGCUGAAUGGUUCAUCUGAAGAGCCGGCUGUCAUACUCAGCAGCAAGAUGACAUUAUCAUUGAUUAAUUUGGAUGCAAAUCAACAAAAUGGUAAUGAGAAUAAUACGGAAAUCGAAAGUCCCUUAGCUGAUGAUAUUGAAAUAAUUGGACAUGAUGAACAUUAAAAAGGAAACUUUCUUCGUUUCUAUACAUACUACUCAUAAAACAUUGAUUUUAAAAGCUCCGAUAGUUUGCAAAAUAAAAUAUACGAGUGAAUGUUAUGGACUGAUUAAGCAAACCACAGAAUUUGUUAGUUAAUUUCAAAUUUAAUUUGUAUAUAUUUAAGCUUAUAUCAUUGCGUUUGUAUGUGUAAUAUGUUUUAUUACCGAUUUUGUUAUCAAAAUCAUUUAUUGUAUGUGCAAUUUUUGGUUUCUUUGGUUUGUAACUGCUUCCAUUUGGUCAACUAUACUUCUAACUAAUUGUAUGCCAAAAAGAUUCAUUAAAUGAAUAUUCACAUAAAAUAUUCUUAGUUAAACUGCAAAUCAAACUAGUCUACCACUAUAUUUGUAAACGAUGUACUUUUCGCAAUAAAUAAUGUCCUAAAACUAUUAUAAUGAAACGUUCAAUUGCACCUUUAGAUUAAAAGCAUAUAAUAUUAGUGUCCACAGUGCUUGUGAAUUUAGUUUAAUAUGAAGAGAUGUGUAAUGAAAUAAA